UAAAACUCCGUCGGUCUUUGAGGAUCAGCUGAGAGACCUACGAGAAAGAUGGGAGGAGGUGCGGCUAACUACGCUAUUCCUGACUGGCGGAAGUACAAAGUGGAAAAUGCACCUGAGUUAGUGCAAGUACAGAGGGCCUUGGCCUCUCAUGGCUUAAAGGACCCUUGGCUUCGGAAUGAAGUAUGGCGUUACGACACCACGCAGUUUGGAUCCCAUGGACCCCGCCUUAGGCUGGCUUUCUUCAGAGGCUUCAAAUGGGGCCUGAUUGCAGCUGUUGCAACUGUUGCCAUUGAACGUUCCCUUGGCGGUGGACAUGGCCAUGGCGAUCACCACUGAUUUAGAACAUUACAUCAAGGUAUCGCCAGUUGUACAUAGAAACUGUAUGCUUAACUCGGUGCAAGAGAUGUUGUAGUACCUCUUGUUUUAUUUAAUUUAUGUGGUGAUCUGAAAACACCACACAGAGCUCUUAUGUUAAUUCUCCUCCCUCUCCUGUCAACUGCGAGCUGCAUUGUAGCACUAUCAAUGUGGUUUCCUUUCAAAAAAAAAUUAAUGUAUAGUAUUUUCAGUGGUAAUAAAUCCUUCUUCUAUAA